AUGUCAUCUCAACCGAAAAAGCAAGUGGAUCCUUUGAAAUCUUUCUUAGCUGGAUCUCUUGCUGGUGCCGUCGAAGCGUCCAUAACGUAUCCAUUUGAAUUCGCAAAAACCAGACUUCAACUCCUGGAUAAAGCAUCAAAGAGUUCUAGAAAUCCAUUGGUUUUGAUAUAUAAUACGGCAAAAACUCAGUCGAUUGCCUCUAUCUAUGUCGGUUGUCCCGCUUUCAUCGUUGGUAAUACAGCCAAAGCAGGUGUAAGAUUCUUGGGGUUUGAUGCUAUCAAAAAUGUCUUGAGAGAUCCGCAAACCGGUGAAUUAAGUGGACCUCGGGGUAUCAUUGCGGGCCUAGGAGCUGGUCUACUUGAAAGCGUUGUAGCGGUGACACCAUUCGAAGCUAUCAAGACGGCUUUAAUUGACGAUAAGCAAUCAUUAAAACCAAAAUACCAUAAUAAUGGUUUAGGUAUUGCACGGAAUUAUGCAUCAUUGGUCCGUGAUAAAGGUCUUAGCGGUCUCUACAACGGUGUCUUGCCCGUUUCGAUGAGACAGGCUGCGAAUCAAGCUGUGAGACUGGGCUGUUACAAUAAGAUCAAAACGAUGAUUCAGGACUAUACAAACUCUCCAAAAGACAAACCUCUGUCAUCAGGUUUGACCUUUGCUGUCGGUGCCUUUAGCGGUGUCAUUACUGUUUACGCCACUAUGCCAAUUGAUACAGUCAAGACAAGAAUGCAAAGUUUGAAUGCUUCCCAAUACUCUUCAACAUUAAAUUGUUUCGCAACAAUUUUCAAACAAGAAGGCCUGAAGACUUUUUGGAAAGGUGCAACUCCAAGACUUGGUCGUCUAAUAUUAAGUGGAGGUAUUGUGUUUACGAUUUAUGAAAAAGUCCUACUAGUAUUAGGUUAA